CAGCAGUUGUCUAUGAAUUAUAAAUUUUUCUUUUAAUUGGUUUGUCACUAACUCUGUUCAAUUUUUUUAAAUUGCCGUUUAUUUGUUGUUUCUUAUUCAUUUACUUUUAAUCGAAUUGGUCUAACCUUGUUGCAAUUUAUAUUGUUAUUUUAUUCUAUUUCAUUUUAUUACUCUUUAUUGUGAGUCUUGUGCUUAUCCAUCUCUUUCUCUCAACAAAAUCCAUCAUAAACCUGAAUUUCUCGCCUUUUCCUUCAUUUGACUUGGUGGAAUAUACACAAGGUUGUCAAGUAAGAAACAGUCGCUGUUGAAGCAAUGAGCAAGACAACUAAUGGUGAGGGUCCAACACAAGAAUCAACUCGUCGAUUGACCAUUAAAAAGCAAACUCUGGAUGAUGCCUAUGCUGCUCCAGCUAACUUUCUUGAGAUAGAUGUUGUCAAUCCAGUAACUCAUGGCGUUGCAAGAAAUCGUUAUACAGAUUAUGAGGUUCGCCUUAGAACCAACUUACCCAUAUUUAAAUUAAAAGAAUCAAGCGUACGCCGACGUUACAGUGAUUUUGAGUGGCUUCGAAAUGAAUUGGAACGCGAUAGUAAAAUAAUGGUACCUCCAUUACCUGGUAAAGCAUGGAAGCGUCUGAUGCCUUUCCGAGGUGAUGAUGGCAUUUAUGAAGAAGAUUUUAUUGAAGAGAGAAGGAAAGGACUUGAAUCAUUCAUCAACAAAGUUGCUGGUCAUCCUUUGGCUCAAAAUGAGAAAUGUCUUCACAUGUUUCUUCAAGAAUCAACUCUCGAUAGAAAUUACGUUCCUGGUAAAAUAAGAAACUCUUGAAGAUAUCAAUCAAAAAGCACAGCACUUCUUCACUUUAAUUCCCACACAAAUCCACAUUUUAAGAUCCUAUCAAGAAAUGGAUGAAUGUAUAAUAUUUAUGAAUAUAUAAUGCUUAUAUUUACAUAAUUACCGAGUGACCUCUCUUUACCGUUGGUUAUCAAUUCUGAUUAUCUUGUAAACGUUAAAUUAAUUGAUUUUAUUAGAAAUUUAAAUUUAUCCUCCGAGUAAGAAAUUUACAUCGUUUACAUUGUCAUGGAAUAUUUAUUAAUCCCUUUGUGUUUAAAUAAUAUAUUUGGAAGCUAAAUCACAAUAAGCAACCAAUUUGAAAAAAGUUUAA